UUACUAAAGGAGUGGAAUGCAAGACCUUCUUAUGAAUCCAUGGGGUCAUGGGGUGUGACAAAAACAACGUGUGGAUUACUUUUCAUACUUUUAGAAAGCACUUCAGAACAAUGUAGCAAUACAGUACAGCGUUCUUUACUUGUAAAGAAUGACAUGACUAUCGAGUUACAUGCUUAUAAUCAUCCUGUCACUUAUCAUCUUUUGGAAAAGGUGACGUGCCUACAAGAUAUUUAUUUUUUAUUACGAAAAAUAAGUGCAAUGAAAAUGUGCCAAGAAGAGUCCUGCACUAUUGGGUACUUUGAGCAUAAUCCACUUUCACGAUCCAAUCUUUGUAAAGAUUGCCAAUUAAAGAACAAAAGAAAAAAAGUAAGAGAAAGUAAACGUGAAAAGAGAGCAGCCGUCAGAAAAGCGAAGGAGAAAAUUUGCAAGAAAAAUGUAAAACAAAAGUACAAACGGAUAUACAACCAGAUGAAGAGAUACAAAGUAGAAUUAGAGAAUUUAAAAGUACAAUGUGCCUCACAAAAAGAGGAAAUUCUCGACGAAGCAAUAGCAAGCUUCCCAUCUGCCUUGAAGAAGUCGAUUAAAGCAUGUUGGAGAUAUGCUCGCUCCAAUGACAAGCGUGGAAUGCGUUAUACAAAAGACUGGAUACUGGAAUGCCUGCUAUUAAGAAUAAAAAGCCGUAAGGCUUAUAUUCAUCUUCGUUCACAUAACAUACUAGCUUUACCUACUAUUGGAACCCUCAAUAAAUACAUAAAAAACUUCAGCCCUAGUUAUGGCUUUGAUCCAGCACUUUUCGCAAUGUUAAAAGAAAAAAGUGCAGCUAUGAAACCUGAGGAAAGAAGAGGAACGCUGGUACAUGAUGAGAUGAAGUUAAGCGAAAGUGUGGCAUUCAUGGAGCACGACCUUACCAAAUUGGGAUUCGUUGACUUGGGUCAGCACACCCCGGAAAAUCAGAAAAAUGCUCGUGCUGAUCAAGCAUUCUUGAUACAUAGGUUUCAGAAGUUGGCUGAUCCCAUUGCAUCCAGGUUAAUUCCUCGUUGCGAUGACAAACUUUUACAUUCAUAUUAACGUCGAGA